AUGGGAAACGCAGGCGAAGAAACUAGCAGUCUUGCGUCUGCCGUGAAUGACGCGAUGGAGGUCGACACCGCGCACACGUCAACAGAGCGCAAUUCGUUUCUGGUUCAUCCCUUUACAACAGAGCCUGGUGCACAGAAUCAGUGCACAUUGCCGCCACACUAUCGCCUACCUCAAUUCAGUACAGCGUCGUCCAUUAUAUUGAGCCGCAUCAAGGGCAAUGACGUCGCGCCGCGGGAUAGUGGCGAGGGUGGCCAGUCAGACACGAACAAAAUACACGAUGCCUCACACGAUGAGUUCACGCUGCUGCUGCCGGAAUCUUCGUACAUCUCUUCAGCGCCACCAGUGGAGUACGUAUAUGCCAACGACGACAGCUUCGAAACGGCGAGUGUCGACUUUAACCAACAGUCUAUACCAUUUCGGCCACCCUAUGAGCCAAUUGAGGAAGUUGACGCUGCCGCGGAUGCUCCAGCAGCGCCUAAUCGGGAAGAGACCAUCGAGGCGCAAAGACAAGCAUGGCUACGUACGCUUCCCGAAGGCGUGCGGCCGGUUAAGCCGGAGUUGGUCGGAUUCUCUGCCGGCCCCGAAGCACCAGCGUCAGCACUGACGAGCUAUUUUUACAACAAACCCAAGACCGACCUCCUCAGCAUUCUUUCCUUCUGCGACCAGCUCGAACCCCAGCUACUUGUCGACCUAUUAGUGUCUAUUUCGAAGCGGCACCCAAAGCUCCCGCUCUUUGACGCCCCUGACUGGCAAGAAAAGGUGCUCGCGCAAGAGGCCGCCCGGGCGGCCGCGGCGCAGAUGAGGGCUAGGGCGCACCAGCGACCGCGACACGGGCACACGCUGCUGAACCCGCGGAUGAGACAGAAGCGCAAGCGUGUGAGAAAGGUGCUCGAAAUUAGCGCCACUGCGACGGAGGCGGCGGCGGCGGCGGGGAAGAUGGUGGUGUUGCAGGAGGUCGAGAGUGAAGAUGAGGAACUGCUGCCACCAACGUGGCCAAGGGCGGGAGAGGGCUUGUAUGCUGCGCUGCCACCAGAGGACCAGGACACACUGUAUCUGGCCGAUGAGGGUGACGAUGAGGCGUUUAGUCAUUUCAUAGUAGAUGGACUAGGUAACCUGACGGCACUUGCCGCUUGUGGAUGA